AUUAUAUAUAUAUAUACACACACACACACUAUGUGUAUAUGUGUAUGUGUAUAUGUGUAUAUAUACACUAUGUACUAUUCAAUAUAUCAUAAAUAAAAAUGAUAAUAAUACCUUACAAAACUGUCAAAUAUCAAAUCAAUUUAAAAUAUUUAAAGAAUUUACUAAAGUGUAUUAUGCAUCAGUAGGCUGACAGUGGGAUUGUCUUCCACUUCCUCUUACAGUAAGCAAAGCUGAAUUAGAGAAAGGUGAAACACCUGAUGAAAUUCCCCUUCCAUCCUAAUAUAAAAGAGCCAGCAUGGAGACACACACAAACACACAGAUACAUCCAUCCUAAGGAGUAACACUCAUCAGACACUUCAAGGUCAGACUAUCAAAUCUAAAGAUGAAAACUUCCCUAACGUGCAUCCUGGCUAUUUGCGCCUUGCUGGCCAGCAUUUGGGGCUCAGCCAUGGGACGCAGGCUCCAUCUGGGUUCCUGUGCGCUGACGGUUCACACUCACGAGCUCAGGCAUCACUUCGAGCAGAUCCGCCACAAUAUGAUCACACAAGACAACCACAAGGGUGUGAGGUUGCUGAGGGGGGACACGAUGAAGAGCUUGCAGCCUACAGACAGCUGCUGCUUUCUUAGGCAACUUCUACGCUUCUACAUCGAGAAGGUCUUCAGCGGCUACACGAGCAGCCAGUCGCUCCACCAGAGAACCACCAGCGUUCUAGCCAACUCUUUUCUCAGCAUGACCAAGGACUUGCGAGCAUGUCACGCUCAGAUGCUCUGCCAGUGCAGCCAGGAAACCAACCUGAAAUUUGACGCCAUUCAGGAAACCUAUGACAAGCUGGAAGUUGGGGCUGCAUCAGUAAAGGCCAUAGGAGAGCUGGACUCUCUUCUGGAGUGGCUGGAGAGCUUCCAUACGAAAGACCACAAGCACCACCAUCAUGAUUCAAAAUAGGAUCCCCAUGGCAUCUAAGUCAUUAUGCAGUGCUGAUUCAUUUAUAGGAGCGGCAUGAAACUUUCAUUUAAUCUCAUAAGUAACAUAUUUAUAGCAUUUAUAGGAUUUUCAUUUUGGUGAAGUGUGAUUGACAGCUUGGGGUUAACUGGGUAGCGUUUUUGUUACCACAUAUUGUUGACCACAUAGCUGGAACUUGUUUGAUGUUAACAGUAGAACGCCUUAAAGGCGUCUACUGAGCAUGUAUAAACUAUGUCUUAAUAGUUCACUUGUUAAAUAUUUAAUGGUUGCUUUAUGCUGUUGUUGUGACAGCGUUAUUUCUGACUACAAUAAUGCCUGUGGCCUUUUACUUUAUGUUCAUCUGUACGCAUGACUCGAAAGAGUUGUGCUGGAAUGUAGACCUUUGAGGUCAGUUUGUCUGAAUCAUGUUUAAAUUCAACUGUAACUUAAACGAAAAUAAAUGUUUAUCAUCGUCAGUCCUUGUGUAUGGUGUUUCCUAGUGUACAGGUAAGCUUACUGCACUAAACAGGUAUACAGUAAUUACUUUAAAUCUAGAGAUCCUGCUUUAAGAGCCCUUUCUAAGAGUGAGAGAAAGAAAAAGAAGCACAGCCAGAGGGACCAAUUGAGACAAAGACUCUGUGAGACUCUACUGUCCUCUGGUGGCUAAAGAUGGCAAGAGGUUUACCAAAGGUCAAAAAAAGGUCUACGUGCAUGUAAAUACAUUAAGAAGGGUUAUUUAAAACUAAAAAAAACUAGUAAAAAAUGUUACCAAGGAAAUAAAAACCUGUAGACUUGGUCAUUCGUGCA